AUGUCGCGCGGCGCCGGCGGUCGUUUUGGGCAUGAAAGCGAGUUGCAGCGCAGUAUGCGCGAGCCUGUAUAUGUCUGGCGGAAAGAGUGGGUGGUGCCUUCAGCCCUAUCACGCCCGGCUAGCUCCGGCCAGAAUAUGACGGAGAGGCUUGGCUCCGACGCGGACGCUAUGCGCUCUGCGACACCGUUUAAAAUCCUCAAAUGGGUUCGAACGACAGAAACCGUUCAACAUAACUCGACGGAGCCUGAAGCACAGACUGGUGAUGUGUCCCUGAGUGGCUCUAUGAUGGACGCUGUCCCGCAGGAUCUCGAGGCUGGCGACGACGCUACGCCUGGGCCAGACAGUGCCUCGCCUUCGAAGAAGAUGGACGAGGACGAAGAUAUGCCGGACGCUGAGCAGCCUGUGAAAGAAGACGUGGGUGCAUAG